AUAGCCCAGAGAUAAAAGAAGAAGUUUUCAGAAAGGACGAUAGGCUCCUCACCUUGCUCAAAGACGUUUAUGUCGACUCCAGAGAUCCACCGGUGCGGGUAAAAGAUGGAGGUGGUGAACAUCUUCCAAGUAAACUGGAGGAAAAGAGACUUACAAAAUUAGGCCACUUGGAAGGUCUAGAUGUUAACAAAGUUCCCAAAGGCAAAAUUUCCCUUGUGGAGGCUCUGACACUUCUUAAUAAUCAUAAACUUCAACCUCAAAUAUGGACUGCAGAGAAAAUAGCAGCAGAAUACAGUCUGGAACUGAAGGAGGUCAACUCUCUUCUGGAAUUCUUCAUUCCUUUUGCUGUGCAGGAAUUUCGUAAGGAAACCAAAAAAGCUAUAACAAGCCAUAAACCAAAACAGUUAACAUAAAAAUAUUUGCCAAAACCUUUUUUGAUCUCACUCGUGUCUUCAUUUUACUCUCAAGUAUAUUCCAUGUCUGAAAAUUCAGUCAAUAACGUGUCAUCCAGCAAGGCUACAUCCUUAUGCCAGUGAGAUGUAUUCAAGCAGUUCCAUUCUCCAUUGGAUGGCUUCAUUGAAAUGCAGCAACUACAGUUUGUAAACCAGAAUAUGAUUAAUUCAUGGUAUGACAGCAUGUCACACAGUUCUGACUAUCCCAUUCAAAUGUUAUGAACUCGGUAAAAGCAUUUUACUGUAAGAAUUUUACUUUAAGAGAUUGCCUUUCUCAGCAGAGACUUCUUGGCCUGCAGCUAAAGAGGUGCUCUGUGGGCAUUGGCUCUGUAAUUUCAUGUUGCACUGCUUUUUCAAGGAAUUGCUGUCAAGGUGUGUGUAUAUAACAAACAGCUGCGUUUCUUUUGUGUAAGAAUGGAAUGGUAUUUAUACUUUGUUAAGAAGGUUAACCACAAGGGCAUUUCACAAUUAACCACAAUGGUAUUUAUACUUUGUAAAGAAGGUUAACCACAAGGGCGUUUGGAAAAUUAAGCUGUGUCAAACAUAAAAUAAAAAGGUGAACAGCAAGAAGGCCUCUUUCUGGUGCUGGAACAGUAAUGGCUCAUAUGUAACUCCUUUUCUACUCUAUUCUGAUCUAGCUUAAAUACCUGCACCUCUCCAGGUGCUGUUUGUUACAGAAUUUUUAGUGAUGAUCUUCUGGCAUGAGUCUCUUGCAGCAGCCCAUGCCAUCUGCUGUGUGAGGAGCAAUGCUUCAUAUUAAUAGGUAGCAAGGACAUACAACUGGAUCUACUAAUUGGACCCACUGGUAGGACUUCUGUGAAUGUUUGCCCUUCCUGUUACAAUAAUCCUUUUUCCCUGUGGAAGCCUUGUCUGAUCCAAGUGUGGGCUACAUCAGGUCAUGUUUACUCACAGCAUGCAUCUAUACAAAUGACACGAGGGUAACACACACUCUGAGGCAGUGGUGGGUUUAAACCCCAAUACUGUGACUAGUCAUGUCUGUAGGUAAGAAGUUUUGCAGUGAUGGUUAAUCCUGCAGUGAAACGUGGUCAGAUAAGCUGGGGAGAUGGGGCGGCAGAUAAUCAGAAUUGAUAUUUAAAAAUGCAUUAUGGUUGCCUUCCUUUAAAAAACAAACCCAGAAUCUUUAAUCUUAUGCCUGUCACCAAAGAAGGUGAUUUUAAAGGGUAAAAGUCCAUGCCUGGCUUACAAUGUAACUUUCAAGAACCUUUCUGCCAAGUCUUUGAUUUGGAGUCUGGUAAAUGCCUUACCAAGAAGAUGAUCAGCUUUGUUAUUUCACAGCAAGAUUCCUUCACCUUCUUUGAGUUGGAACUUGGUAUCUCCAGUACAGUUUGCCACAGUGUAUUUGAAGGUUAUGUUUGGUUCAUUUCUGAAGUACAUAAUGCUGUACGAUAGCGGAAAAUGACAGUAUGUGCAUUGUAUAAAAAUUCAAAAUUGUUAGUCUUAGAUGUAUGGCUUGUCAUUUAUCCUCUAAUACAAUGGGCUACAGAGCUGCACUCUGAAACUAAUGCAUCUGAGGUAAGCACCACAUUAAGAUUGCUUUGCACAAAAUACUGUUUUAGAAAAUGUUACAACAGAAAUACUUAAUUGUUUGAGUACUGUUCAUCCUAAUGUAAUAUUUAAGGUAACAUUCAGAAAACAGCUGUGGAAUGCAUUUGGUACAGAUACUGUUGAUAUUGAAGAUGCUGCAAUUUCCUGUAAAAUGAAUUUUAUUAUGGAUUGAAGUUGAUUAAAAACACACUACAACCAGCACCAGACACCAGUUUAACCAUGCCCUUUGACUACGUUGGUAUGUAUUUUGGCAUCUUUUGUCUGCCUUCAUUAAAGUCUUGUGAUGUGGCCGCACCAUGACAGUGCUCUGUUUCACUUCAGUGUUCUGUUUUCACUUCUCUACCGUGUUGCUUACACCCUCCAGGAGCAGGCUUGUGCUUUGGGAUGUUUGCUGUCAUCCCAUUCAGUGCCCCAGCCUACCUUCAGGACAAAAUCGUGUCCACAACUGUGAUGAUUGCAAAGCUGUUCCCUGUUUUGUGGAGCCAGGAUCUCUUCCUCAGGAUAUAUUAUCCACAGUGGGAAAGCAGAUGCCCCACAGCAGAGUUGGUGUAGGGAUCCCAUCUCCCUGCAGGCAGGUGAACUUGUGGCCCAGAAGGCCCCAGGAAAAUUGGAUGCAAUGCAAUUUGUCAGCAAGGAUUCUUCUGCUGGUCACCUGCCCCACCUGCUGGGCAGUGUCAAACCAGUAUUACAAGGGUAUUGGCCAAUGGUACAGGAUCAUGUAAAAAUUUGUACCAUUAUCUAUCCAAAUCAUCUGAGGUCUGAAUGUUUGGCUUUCACUGUAUUUUACAACAUGGAGCAUGUCAGUUCUCCAAAGCUCACAAGAACCUGGAGCAUGGAUCUUUCCUUUACUCUGCUGAGAAAGCCUGUCCCUGAUCAAGCUCUCCAACACUACUCUCUUGUACAAUUCUGACCACAGCAUGUGUUUGUGCCUACAGUGUUCCAGUAUGUGUUUGAAGGUAAUGCUGUCUUUUAGGCUUGAUGUAUGGAACAACUAUUCUCACUGUUGCAUCUUUUCUAGAAGUACUUCUAUCCUUUCUUCCAGUUUCAAGGGACGUUUUACUCAUCAGUUAUCUUGCCUGGUUACUAGUUUCUAAUUGGAAGAAUAAUGGUAUUUUCUUUACACUUGAA